AUGCCCGACGGCGACAACCCCCGACGGCGACACCCCCGACGGCGACACCGCUCCAGACGCGCGAACAUCCGCGACGGCGACUUCCCCGAACGGCGCAACCCGACGUGCGACACGCCGACGGCGACCACCACCCGACGGCGACACCGUGCCUCCCGAACCGGCGACAUCCCGACGGCGACUCCCCGACGCCGCACGACAACCGCCGACGGCGACACCCCGACGGAGACCACCCGACGGCGACACCGCCGACGGCCGACAAUCACGAACCGGCGACUCCCCGCACAGGCGACAACCCAGAACGGCACACCCCGACGGCGACACACCGACGGCGACAUCCCGACGGCGACUACCCCGACGGCGAGCAACGCCGGAACGGCGACAACCCCGACGGCGACACAAUCCCGACGGCGACAUCCCGACGGCGACUCCCGAGAUGUAAGCAUCCGGGACAAGCCGACGGCGACAAACCCCCUCCGACGCGACACCCCCGACGGCGACACCACCAGACGGCGACAACCGACGCGACUCCCCAGACGCGACAAACCCCGACGGCGACACCCCGACGGCGCACCUCCCGACGGCCGACGGUACACCCCGACGCGACAACCCGACGGCGACACGGCGACGACGGCGGACAAACCCGACGGCGACACGCCCGCACGGCGACACCCGACGGCGAAACCCGACGGCGACACCCCGACGGCGACAACCCCGACGGGACAACCCGACGACGACAACCCGAACGGCGACACCCCGACGGCGACAAACGCCGACGGCGACACCCCACGGCGACAACCCGACGGCGACACCCCCCGACGGCGACACCCGACGCGACAACCCCCGACGGCGACAACCCGACGGCGACGACGGCGAAAACACGCGACGGCGACAGCCGACGCGACACCCCGAGGCGACACCCCGACGGCGACACCCGACGGCGACAACCCGACGGCGACACCCCGACGGCGACAACGACGGCGACAACACCCCCGACGGCGACGACGGAACAACCGACGGCAGAACUGGGAUUCUAAAUGGCGCAUUUGUAACGCAAGCUAA